UCGACCGAUGGCAAAUUAAAUGGAUCGAAUCGAGUAAUCACUGCGUAUGACAGACGUAAAGUUGUCACGAAAAUUUUUAGUAUGAACGAUCCGGACGCAGCGGGACCUUCGAGCACCUCUGGGGUGAACACAGCAAAACCCGACCCGAUUAACUCUGAAUUCCUUUACUAUAGCUCCGUUUUGAGGGUUAUAGCUUUAGCUCUUACCGGCGACGUGGACAGGCAACUAGUUAUACCGUGGGUAAGAAAGUUGUUCCGGCCCGAGUAUCACAGUGCCCAAUUCAGAGAGAAGAGGAACAAGUACCUUCUAUACCUAACUUUAACAUUGCUGAAUGACGAAUGCUAUGGAAUCUUUCGAAUUGCACCCCCUUCGGGACCAUUACCGGAACUACAGUCCAUCGAGCAUGAAGAACAGCCUAUGGCUCAGUGGGAACUUGAUCCAAUGUGGCGAGACAGUGUAGCAGCGCUACCAGCUGACUUUCAAUAUCUCAGCUGUGCCGUACACGAAUUCGUAAUGGAUUGCGAGAAAGAUCACGAUUUAGACGUUAUUUUAGACCAAGAAUUUCAAUUCUUUCUCUUCCUCGCCCGUCCAUACGCCUCUCUCCUAAACAGUGAUGAUCAAACCAAAAUUGCCGCAUGGCUGCAAACGCUCUGUACCAUUAGUGGACGCUCCUGUUCAAGUAUGAAAGCCAUUAGAAACGAUUACAUGAUGGCACUCCUUGGAUACGUGCACGACUUACGAGUUGCCGGUCCGUUUCGGGAAUACCCACCGUGGACGACAUUGCGUCCACUAAUGGAGGCGGCCAAGUGGUCAGCCGAAACGAAACCCAUUACCGAUCCGACCGGGCAUGAAGCUAACGAAUUCCUGGCGGCUUUACCUAUUCCCCAAGAUGGUGCUUUCUGUUACAUUGCGCUAACCGGAGAUCUCAUUGACGGGGCAGUUAGUCAGAUGCAGUAAAUUGUCGAUUUUAAUAAAAUAUUACCCUCUUC